AUGACACGAACGCAUCCCCCUGAUAUACUGGCAUCAACUCUAUAUCGGGACUUUACUUUAAAUCCCAUCAGCGACCACUCCAUUUCUCUCCACUCCUCACGGCAAUGUGACUUGAAAAUGAUAGACAAACCAGAAAUCAUCAACAAAAGACACUGCCGUAGCUUUGACUUCAUUGAGUCACUAGAUGACCAACAGUCCCUCUCUUCCUCAAUGGAGUACCCUUACAAGAGGGCUGAGCAUCAGACAUUAAAUAAAGAUCUAAUGUGGAAUGGACUAGAUCAACCGGGGCACCUUCGCUUUUCGUCUCCCGAUCUGUUCAACACCAGACAGUCCCAGCAGCACACCACCCAGGAUAAAACCAGCCAUCUUGCAUGGUCAGACUCUAAAAAGAAAACAAGAUCUAGAAGCGCUCCAAGAAUUAAGUCCACCCUCACUCCUGUGCCCAUCUCAGUGUCCCCUCCAGGAGCCAGGAAGGGGAGGGACGCGCAUCAGGCUGCGUCAGAUACUUUCAGGACUUCUGAAACACAUAGAGAAUCCUACUCCUCAAACAAGGCUUUUUUCAAUGAUGUGCAUCCUAUCAAACUGCAGCCUCAGUCCUCCCUCUAUGUCUCAGACUGUUUUGAGGAGGGUAAACCAGCUAUAACCCCUCAUGUCAGGUGCCGUGUUGACAUUAAACCAGAUGCUGCUGUACUGCAGCACACAUCGAGGCAGGUUCCCAAUGUACGAACUGAUCCUCUUUGGCAGCGAUACUCCCAGGCUAGUAGCAGUAGGGGUUUGUAUGCACCUCGACAUAUUGUGUCCUCACCAACGCCUACUCCGAGUGAAUGCUACAGUGGAGAUUUUCGACAAGGAUACAACUAUACCACCAGCAUGUCUCCUAUUUCUUACCAGCAUCUAGACAUGCACAGAAUGCCGUCACCAGCAGCACCAUAUCUGAGUCAAGAACAAAGAGCUUACUCAAAUCCUAACAUACCAACCAAGUUUUUCUAUACUGAGGACCCAGUUCGGUAUCAAGUCCAUCCCUAUCCUAGAGCAUACGUUCAGGAUGACCGGUCCAGCCUAACCAGCCAUGGGAGUACGAUGACUAGUCAGUAUGAUCCAAGGAAUCGAUGGGUCCACACUCUUCCUGUCAGGUCGUAUUACACAGAAAACUCUUCCAACAGAGAGCCAGCACACUCUGUAUACAGUCGGCCUUGCUCCACGAGUGAGGCAGGAUCAUACUUUUCUCAAACUCCACUGUCUAGAUCUUACUAUGGAGAGGACAACCGUUCCACUCCAUACUAUAUGAGUAACUCAAGGUCGUUUUAUUCUAAACCAUGCUCUCCUGAGGAGCAGUACUUUCAAUCAAGGCCAUACCAUACAGAGGGUCGUCGACGCCCUCGAAUGUCGCAGGCCUUUUCAGAUGACUGGUAUCGCUCGAGUAUAUCUGGUUACUCCAACCAGUCUUCUCAGCACACACCACCAAGAGUAAGGCAAGAACCCAGUACACCCCUGUGGUUUACUAACACCGGUGUGGAGACAAGUAGAUUAGGAGCAGAGGUCAGAAACCAUUCCAAGUCUUGGGACAAUAUUCUAUAUCCCCGGCACGAAAAAGAGCAAUCAGUGCCCCGUGGUCGAAGCUAUGAGAACCUGUUUCACCAAGCAAAGCAUGCAGCACCCUCUGACAUACAGAGUCAACCUGUGAUACUUAACCUCUCAAGUUCACCAAGACGCUAUGCUGCCCUUUCGCUCUCUGAAAGCUCGUUAGAGAGAGGCUCAAGCAAUCCGUGGAGGAAUACCAAGAGUGGCCACUGGUAUGUAACUCCUGAGAUAACCAUAACAGAUAAUGACAUAUGUGCAGGCAACAACAGUAAGCGGCGUGAUGUGCACUCUGUCAGCUGGGAUAUGUCUGACGGUGAAAAGAUACCACCUUUGAGAGCAAUGGAUCACAAGAAGCCACACAAUACACAGGACAUAACCAAAGAGAGGAAACACAACAACUUCUCCCUCCAGCAGAGUCUAGAGCAACUUGACCAACUCUUAGCUGAUUUGGUCGUUGAUUACAAACCACCAACUAGCAGACAGUCAAGCGAGGACCUUUUAGACCAACUGGAGCAACUCAUUACUGCAGAUGACGACAAAGACAGAGGAUCUUCCGGACUGGAAAACGUAGGAUGCCUGAACACACAGCUCCCGUCAUCUAAAUCCAGCCCUGACACAAUCAAAGACCCCGAUAGUGGGUUUGAUGCUUUACAAAGGAGUGCAGAAGAAUGUUCUCCAGACCACAGCACAGAUGAGGACGACACUAUGGUGUGCGCUAACAAGAAGUGCAACCGGAUUGAGAGUAUGUUCAACGCCUGCUUGUACUUUAAGUCAUGUCACAGUUGCUACACAUUUUACUGCUCACGAAACUGUCGCAGGGAUGACUGGGAAAUCCAUAAAGAGACCUGUCUGUACAGCCGUGUGAACAGUGUGUGUCGACACACUCUGAAGUUCUGCAGAGAGAAUACGGGGAUCCACAAAGCCUUCUCCCGCGUUGCCAAAGCUGGCUAUCUCUCCCGAGGGAGAGGCGUUCUCUUUCUGGGUUUUGCUAAUCCGGAGACAGUUGACAACUUCCUCCAAAUUGGACUCGAGAGCCUCCUCAUGUCUCCCACAUACCUGUCUCUCAGAGAGCUGGAUGGAUUCAAGGAUAACCUUGGUGAAUACUGCAAGGACCUGCAGCAGGCAGGCAACGAGUAUGACCCCAAUGAAUGUUUUCUUCUGAAUGUAUCCGUAGCUGUUGGUGAACUAGUGCCUAACAGACCUUCACCAAGGGUCCCAGCACCAACAGUUCGAAAAUAUGCAAAGGUGUCCCUGGCCUCCUCAAGCCCUGACAAAAAGGUACUCAGAAAGGAUCGUGAAAUGGAAACACUCAUUCUCACUCCGCCUCCUGGCACACCGGACAUUGACAAGGAGGGAGAGGAGGGCAGGAAAGCCAGAGAGGUGUGCUUUGUCAAUAUCCAGCGUAAGCUCAGGACCAGGGGAGUCUUCCUUCGUCAUGAAUACCCCAACAUCUAUAAUCAGCUGUGUGAGUUUGUGGAGAGCAACAAAAGAUUCACUCCAACUACAAUUUACCCACUAGAUAAGAGAACAGGGAAACAGUUCAUGUGCAUGAUCAUGGCUGCGUCCGAGCCAAGAACACUGGACUGGGUUGGUACCCCUCAUCUCCUAGAUGAUAUUAUAUAAAACAGCACGAAAUAGUUAUCAUAAUGAUGUCAGCUACACUAAAUGUACAAACUGUAAAUACAUGGUUUAGCAAAUUGAACAUUGAUAUGGAAAUCUGUGUUUAUCUGACCAAUCUCCCCUAUUGUCUCUCUCGUUCUCUUAUUUCUCUCUGUUGUCACACACACACACACACACACACAUAAACACACACACACAGACACACACACGCACACACUCACGCUCACAAAGACGCACACACAUACAGUAUAUGCUCACACUUUUUUAGGAUGCACUAUGUUGUUUUUGGCUUGUUUUGAUCCUGUUGCAUUCAGAAGACUAGCCUGCAUGUAGACUAGUCACAAGUUACCCAGGUGUUUAUGAUGUGAACAUGUAUGAUCUGGGAAGUUUCUGCAGAUAAUGUAUGAAGCACACAAUAUUUAUAAAAUAAACAUUGCAUUGCCACCACAUAAUAGUAGACACAGCCAGGCCAGCCAUGGUGUAACAAAUGUCAAUUAUUGAUUUCUCCAACAAAUGUUAUAUCAGACAUGUAUUGUAUAACUUGUGACACUGGUUGUAAUAUUACAACUGUUUAUUUGUACUUAAGUAUUAUUUUUUAAGUAUAUCGUAGUUGUGUGGGUACGUUUUGAUUUGCCAUGUUGUUUGAUAGACAGUACAAUCAAACCACCUAUUUGUUUCCCACUUGAUUAAGAAUUUUAGUUUGAGCUUAUGUCAUCUUGUCAUAAGGCUUGAUGUCAUUACCUUAGCAUUGAAAAUGCCGGAAGGUUAUGUUUUGAUCGCCGUGUAUUUAUUUAUUUAUUUAUUUGUAUGCGUGUUAUUCGCAAAACUCAAAAAGUAUUGAACCGAAUCACAUGAAAUUUGGUGGGAUGAUUGUUUAUUAUCCGGGGACCAGUUGAUUAGAUUUUGGGAUCGAUCGGGUCAAAGGUCAAAGGUCAUGAACAGGUCAAAAUCUUUCGCAGAACUCAAAAAGUAUUGAACCGAAUCGCAUGAAAUUUGGUGGGAUGAUUGUUUAUUAUCCGGGGACCAGUUGAUUAG